GUCGGAUCUUUCAAGCUUUCGAGCAUCCCUCUCAAUGUGACUGGCCUCGACGCUGGCAAUAUGUCGGAAGUGGACGAGACCAUCAGCAAACUUAUUGCUCAGGGCGUGGUCGGUGAAAUGCAGGACGUCCACGGCAUGCCCGAUCCGAAGGAGAAUGGCGACAAGGGUGGGGGCAUGGGCGAGCUGGGCAAGAGCUUGGAGUUCUUGAUGCUCAAGGUCGCGCAGCUUGAGACCCUCGCGGAGUUGCAACAGGUAGAGCUCGGAAUGCAGCGUGUUCUGAUCGAGAAGAUGCAAAAGAAAAUGAACUUUGAUGACGCGGAAGUCUCACUGGUGCAAAAGAGCUCCGAGGAGAGUGUGCAAGAAGCCCAUGACAUCUUGAAACGGGUGGUCCAGAAGCACAUGCACCAGAGGGAGCACAGGGAGUACCAUUUGGAGGCACAGCCGCAGCCGAAGCAUGCAGUGCACGAAGAGGAGAAGGCCGAGGAGGUCGAGAUCGACAGUCGGAGAGCCCUGCUGCAAAAGCGCCGCAUCGAGUGGGGUCCGAUAGGAAAAGUUGUCAAGAGCGGUGUCAAGUACGUCGAAAAGGGAGCCAAGUAUGCCCACAAGGGUGUCAGCGAAGCCGUGAAAGCCGUGGACGGCACCGGACUCACGGGGGGCGCCUUGACCGAAGCUUACAAUGCCGCCGCGAAGGCGGGGAAUGCCGCCAAGUUUUUGGCGAACACCGCAAUUUCCUCCGUGGAGAUGGCCGCAAAUCUCAUCACAGCGUCAGGCUCCUGGGGCGCGAGUUGCAGCAACGCUGCUCCCAGCCUUGGUAGGCACGGCACCCGGUUCGACAUCAAUUUCGGGCACCAAAGAUGCAGCAUCAAUCUCUUGAACAAUCACCUCACUCUUUUCGACUUCAACUGGGGCAGGAAGUCAAUCGACAUGUAUCACUUUCUACCUGAGCCAGUAAAGCUGGUUGCAAGCACUGCGUACGAGGCUAUUCGGACAGUGUUCAGUGUUGGGUGGGAGCUAAUGCAUUGUCCACACCGCGGGCACCACCAUCAGUUGAUUGCAUGUCUUGGCGGUUGGAUCCAGCACCUUGCUCCAGCAGUGAAUUGGAUGGCUGCCCCGUUAAAGUUGGUUGCAGGAUCGGCAUACGAGCACUUUGCCCCACCGCUGCAUUGGAUGCCCAACCCCGUAAAGACACUCGCAAAUGGCAACAUCAUGGGGCUCUUGCCCGGACAGUUGAAUCAAAUUGCCAGUGGCGACAUCAUGGGGCUCUUGCCGGGACAGUUGAAUCAAAUUGCCAGUGGCGACAUCAUGGGGCUCUUGCCGGGGCAGUUGAACCAGAUUGCCAGUGGCAACAUCAUGGGGCUCUUGCCGGGACAGUUGAAUCA